UCGUUCUUUCUCUCAAUAAAACCAUAUCACUUCCUAUUGGGAAAAAACAUUCUUGUUCUCUCCUUUUCAUUCACUAGUUUCUUGCUCAUCAUCAGAUCAUUCGCAUUCGCAAUGAGCAACAAUAACAUCAAUAAUCUCAACAGCCCAGAAGAUUAUGUUAGUGAUUUUCUUGAUCUUUCGCUCGGUCUCCAGCAGCCUCCGCCGCCGCGAGGUCCCUCUCCUCCGUUAUCACCACCUCAAGGGAUGCAUUUGAAUGUCAGCGAGCCUCAGUCGUGCCGUGGACGCGCUCUCCGGAAUCCUUCUGGAACCCACGGCGAGGAUAUUAAAAGAAACAUUCAACCACCUUAUCCAUGGGCCACUAACCGCCCUGCCGUCGUACACGAUCUGGAUUAUCUGAAAAGCAGGCAGAUUGAGACCAUCACAGGAAUGGUCCAGUGCACGAGAUGCGACAAAGAUUACGAGAUGGAGUUCAAUCUGGAGGAGAAAUUGACGGAGUUUUUGAUCUUCGUCGUCUCAAAGGAAUAUAUGCACUGCCGUGCUGUCGUGGAAUGGUUGGCGCCGCCGUUAUUGACAUGCAAGUACUGCUCCGGUGACUGCGUGAGGCCGAUCAUCAGUGAGAAUAAAGAGAAAAUCAAUUGGCUGUUCUUGUUCUUGGGGCAAGUGUUGGGGUAUUGUAGGCUGGAGCAACUCAAGUAUUUCUGUGACUGUACGAAUAAUCAUCGUACUGGGGCCAAAGAUCGAGUUCUUUACCUUGCGUAUCAUGCACUCUACAGGCAGCUUCUUCCUGAUUUUCCUGCGGAUUUGUGGUGAACCAGUAGCGGCGCCGAUUCUUUGAUUUUAUCUCAUUUUUGCGUUUCAUUAUGAAUUUCUGCACGUAGAUUUCUCAGGAACCAGUGGUGCCAAUUCGCAAUGAUCACUCCAAUUGCAGCUUAACAAUUAGGAUGCAUGUAUGUUCUUCAACUUUGCAACAAAUAACAACUUAGACGUGAUUUUUCGUGGUUGCAACUCGAUGCUAUUGCAUU